AUGAAUGAUUCAAAUCAUAACAAUAAGGAUUCAAUCAAUGACUUACACGCAAUAGAAUUAACAGCUCACUCAAUACUCAGUGGUUCAUUAGAUAAUUUAAAUGACAAUUUCGAACUGUUAAAUCAAUCACAAAUCAUAUUAUUAACAAGAUUAAGAAUUAUUGAAAAUAGAUUAAAUUCAUUUAAAAAAUCAAUUGAUUCAAAUGUAAUAGAUGAAAAAAAACUUUUAGAAAUAUUUGAUAAAAUUCAUGAAUUAUCUAAAAGAUUAACGAAAAAUUUACAAAAAUUAGAUCAAAUAGAUAAUAGGUUUACCAAGAUAAAUGAAAAAAUUUAA